AGUGGAUGGAGGGACGCCCAUAGGAGGGAAGGCAGCGGGCUUCGAUGUGAAGGCACUACGGGCGUUCAGGGUGCUCAGGCCACUCAGACUGGUGUCUGGGGUGCCCAGCCUUCAGGUUGUGCUGAACUCCAUCAUCAAGGCCAUGGUUCCUCUCCUCCACAUCGCCCUGCUGGUUCUGUUCGUCAUCAUCAUCUACGCCAUCAUCGGCCUGGAGCUGUUCAUGGGCAAGAUGCACCGCACCUGUUUCUAUAGCAGAGAGGGACAUCCCUUCUACAGAGGUCCCAUAGUGGAAGAGAAGCCGGCCCCCUGCGCUCCUAACGGGGCUCACGGCCGCCACUGCUCCCAGAACGCCACGCAAUGCAUGAUGGGCUGGGAAGGGCCUAACGAUGGCAUCACUAACUUUGACAACUUUGCGUUUGCCAUGUUGACGGUGUUCCAGUGUAUCACCAUGGAGGGCUGGACAGACGUCCUCUACUGGAUGCAAGAUGCUAUGGGCUAUGAACUUCCCUGGGCCUAUUUUGUCAGUCUCGUCAUCUUUGGAUCCUUUUUCGUUCUAAAUCUGGUUCUGGGGGUGUUGAGCGGAGAGUUUUCCAAGGAGAGAGAGAAGGCCAAGGCCAGAGGAGACUUCCAGAAGCUGAGAGAGAAGCAACAGCUGGAGGAGGACCUGAAGGGUUAUCUCGACUGGAUCACACAGGCUGAAGACAUCGACCCAGAGAACGAGGAGGAGGGGCUCGAUGAGGAGAAGCCCAGAAACCUGAGCAUGCCGGCCAGUGAGAAUGAGUCAGUGAACACUGACGCCAAUCCAGCAGGAGAUAUGGAGGGAGAGACCUGCUGUACCCGGCUAGCAAAUAGAAUCUCCAAAUCCAAGUUCAGUCGGUACUCGCGGCGGUGGAACCGUCUGUGUCGUCGUAAGUGUCGAGCGGGGGUCAAAUCCAGCGUAUUCUAUUGGCUGGUGAUCUUCCUGGUCUUCCUCAACACUCUAACCAUCGCUUCAGAGCACCAUAAACAGGCUGACUGGCUCACAGAGGCCCAAGACAUAGCCAACAAGGUCCUGCUGGCAUUGUUUACAGGGGAGAUGCUGUUAAAGAUGUACAGCCUGGGUCUACAGGCCUACUUCGUGUCUCUGUUCAACCGCUUUGACAGCUUCGUGGUGUGUGGAGGCAUCCUGGAGACCAUUCUGGUGGAGACCAAGAUCAUGUCCCCGCUAGGCAUCUCUGUGCUGCGCUGCGUACGCCUUCUACGUAUCUUCAAAAUCACAAGGUAUUGGAACUCUCUGAGUAACCUGGUGGCAUCGCUGCUUAACUCUGUUCGCUCCAUCGCCUCCCUGUUACUGCUACUCUUCCUCUUCAUCAUCAUCUUCAGCCUGCUCGGCAUGCAGCUCUUCGGAGGCAAGUUCAACUUCGAUGAGACGCGCCGGUCAACCUUCGACAACUUCCCCCAGUCGCUGCUCACCGUCUUUCAGAUCCUGACAGGUGAGGACUGGAACUCGGUGAUGUAUGAUGGCAUCAUGGGCCUACGGAGGGGCGUCCCUUCAGGGAUGCUAGUCUGUAUCUACUUCAUCAUCCUGUUCAUCUGUGGAAACUAUAUCCUCCUGAAUGUCUUCUUGGCCAUCGCCGUGGACAACCUGGCUGAUGCUGAGAGUCUGACGUCAGCACAGAAGGAGGAGGAGGAGGAGAAGGAGAGGAAGAAGCUGGCCAGAACGGCCAGUCCAGAGAAGCGGCAUGUCAACGAAAAGCCCCCGAUGAUCGAGGUAGAAGAGAAGAAGGAGGAGAAGAUUGAGCUGAAGUCCAUCACCUCAGACGGAGAGACAACCAAUGCCACCAAGAUCAACAUUGAUGAGUACCAAGUAGAUGUGAAUGAAGAGAAGAACCCGUAUCCAGCUAAUGAUUUUCCCGGUACCACUUUACCGGUGAUAAAAAGAGAGGAUGAGGACCCUGAGAUGCCGGUGGGCCCCCGGCCUCGGCCCCUGUCUGACAUUCAGCUGAAGGAGAAGGCUAUUCCCAUGCCUGAGGCCCGGGCUUUCUUCAUCUUCAGCAACACCAACAAGUUCAGGGUUCUGUGCCAUAAGAUGGUGAACCACAACAUCUUCACCAACCUCAUCCUGUUCUUCAUUCUACUGAGCAGUAUCUCUCUGGCAGCAGAGGACCCUGUCCGGAACGACUCCUUCAGGAACCAGAUAUUAGGCUAUGCAGACCACGUCUUCACUGGGCUCUUCACCAUAGAGAUCAUUCUGAAGAUGACAGCGUACGGGGCGUUCAUCCAUAAGGGUUCGUUCUGUCGGAACUACUUCAACAUUCUGGAUCUGGUGGUGGUCAGCGUGUCGCUCAUCUCCUCUGGAAUACAGUCCAGUGCCAUCAACGUGGUGAAGAUCCUUCGUGUUCUCAGAGUGCUUCGGCCCCUGAGGGCUAUCAACAGGGCCAAGGGCCUCAAACAUGUGGUCCAAUGUGUGUUCGUGGCCAUCCGAACCAUCGGAAACAUCGUGAUCGUCACCUCUCUGCUGCAGUUCAUGUUCGCCUGCAUCGGAGUACAACUCUUCAAGGGGAAGUUUUUCUACUGCUCAGACAGCUCCAAGUCUACAGAGCCUGAAUGCAGGGGUUCAUACAUCAUGUAUAAGGACGGGGAUGUGGGGAAGCCAGAGAGGUCCAUGCGUGUCUGGGAGAACAGUGACUUCAACUUUGACGACGUGCUCCAGGGGAUGAUGGCUCUGUUCGCUGUCUCCACCUUUGAAGGAUGGCCAGCACUCCUGUACCGGGCCAUAGACUCACAUUCAGAGGACCUGGGCCCUGUCUACAACUACAGAGUGGUCGUGUCCAUCUUCUUCAUCAUCUACAUCAUCAUCAUCGCCUUCUUCAUGAUGAACAUCUUCGUCGGUUUCGUCAUUGUCACCUUUCAGGAGCAGGGAGAGCAGGAGUACAAGAACUGUGAGCUGGACAAGAACCAGCGUCAGUGUGUGGAAUAUGCCCUGAAGGCCCGUCCCCUACGUCGGUACAUCCCUAAGAACCAGUACCAGUACAAGGUGUGGUACGUGGUCAACUCCACCUACUUUGAGUACCUGAUGUUUACUCUCAUCCUGCUGAACACCAUCUGUCUGGCCAUGCAGCAUCACGGCCAGACCCACUCCUUCAACGAUGCUAUGAACAUCCUCAACAUGCUCUUCACCGGCCUCUUCACUGUGGAGAUGAUCCUUAAACUCAUCGCCUUCAAACCACGGGGUUACUUUAGUGAUCCUUGGAAUGUUUUUGACUUCCUCAUCGUAAUUGGCAGCAUAAUAGACGUCAUUCUGAGUGAGAUCAACCCAGCUGAUUCCUCUACCACCUCCUCCUCCUCCUCCUCCUCCCAACCCCCCGCGGUAAGAACAAUGGGACUACAAAACUCUGAAGAUAACGCCAGGAUCUCCAUCACCUUCUUCCGGCUGUUCAGAGUGAUGAGGCUGGUCAAACUGCUGUCUCGGGGAGAAGGGAUACGGACCCUGCUGUGGACCUUCAUCAAGUCCUUUCAAGCCCUCCCCUAUGUAGCACUGCUCAUAGUGAUGCUCUUUUUCAUCUACGCCGUCAUUGGGAUGCAGAUGUUUGGUAAGAUAGCCCUGAGGGACAACAGUCAGAUCAACAGGAACAACAACUUCCAGACCUUCCCCCAGGCUACACUCCUGCUCUUCAGGUGUGCCACAGGUGAGGCGUGGCAGGAGAUCAUGCUGGCAUGCGCCCCCAUGCGACCCUGUGAGAAGGGGUCAGAGGUGGGACCAGCCAGCGAGGACCAGUGUGGGAGUCACUUCGCUAUCUUCUACUUCGUCAGUUUCUACAUGCUCUGUGCCUUCCUGAUCAUCAACCUGUUUGUGGCUGUGAUCAUGGAUAACUUUGACUACCUGACCAGAGACUGGUCAAUUCUAGGACCUCACCACCUGGAUGAGUUCAAGAGGAUUUGGGCUGAGUACGACCCAGAGGCAAAGGGUCGUAUCAAGCACCUAGAUGUGGUAACUCUGUUGAGGAGGAUUCAGCCUCCUUUGGGCUUCGGGAAGCUCUGUCCCCACCGGGUGGCCUGCAAGCGUCUGGUCUCCAUGAACAUGCCCCUGAACAGCGAUGGCACAGUCAUGUUCAAUGCCACCCUGUUUGCCCUGGUGCGAACAGCACUGAGGAUCAAGACUGAUGGUAACUUGGAGCAGGCGAACGAGGAGCUCCGGGCCAUAGUGAAGAAGAUCUGGAAGAGAACCAGUAUGAAGCUGCUGGAUCAGGUGGUGCCCCCUGCUGGAGAUGAUGAGGUGACGGUUGGGAAGUUCUACGCCACGUUCCUGAUCCAGGAGUACUUCAGGAAGUUUAAGAAGCGUAAAGAGCAGGGCCUGGUGGCCAAGGUGCCCCCCAAGACGGCUCUCUCCCUGCAGGCGGGCCUGCGGACGCUCCAUGACAUGGGUCCUGAGAUCCGGAGGGCCAUAUCAGGUGACCUCACAGUGGAGGAGGACCUGGACAAGUCGAUGAAGGAGCCGGUCUCGGCUGCGUCCGAGGACGAUAUCUUCAGGCGAGCGGGUGGUUUGUUCGGCAACCACGUCAGCUACUACAACGACGGGCGCGACAGCGGACGCAACACCUUCCCACAAUCCUUCACCACGCAGCGCCCGCUCCACAUCAGCCAGACGGGCAGCCCCGGCGAGGGCGAUUCCCCGUCCCACGAGAAGCUGAUGGACUCUCCCACCUUCACCCCGAGCUCCUACUCUUCCUCAGGUUCCAACGCUAACAUCAACAAUGCCAACAACACGGCGGUCCCCGGUGUGGUAGUGGGGGUUGGUGGUCCAGGGGGGGUCAGCCGUUUCCCGAGCCCCAGCAUCAGUACUGUGGACGGGCAGAGCGGACCCCCGCUAACCCCGAUACUACUGCCGAGGUCUGCAUGGUGCUUCCCUCCCAAGAGGAUGUGUUUCUAUGACUCCCUCAUGCGCUCGGACUCCACUGACAGCCGUCUGCCGUUCAUCAGGCAAGAGGAGGCGUCGACGGACGAGACGUACGAUGAGAGUUACGCGGACGAGAGAGAAUACCGCCGAAGCGACCAGAACAUUCUCACCUCAGACAUGCUGGUAUAUCAGGAUGAGGAGAACAAGCAGCUGACUCCUAUGGAGGAAGGAGAGGAUGGGGGAGACAGGAGACCCUGGCACUCUCCCAGACGAGCCUUCCUCUGUCCCACAGCUCUGGGUCGGCGGUCGUCCUUCCAUCUGGAGUGUCUGAGGAGACAGACGAGAGCAGACGUCUCCCAGAAGACAGUACUACCGCUGCACCUGGUACACCAUCAGGCACUAGCAGUAGCAGGUCUGAGCCCCCUGCUUCGACGGAGCCACUCCCCGACCCUCUUCACGCAGCUCUGCUCUACAUCUCCUACCAGUCCCACAGGCCGGGGUAGCCAGGCCUCCUACCAGCGUGUGCCCACCCUUCGUCUCCAGGGCACGGGCCCUGGCACCGGCUCCUACGAGCUCAACUCCAGCCUGCCCUCGGUCAACUGUGGGCCGUGGUACAGCGACAGCAACGGGAACAGUCCUGGUAUCAGCCCUAGGGUGGGUACGGCUAACCAGCGGCUGCCGCGGCCCGUCUCCCUCACUGUGCCUAGCACGGUGCACAAGGACGCUACAUCGUUGUCCCACGGUAGCGCCGGCAGUCUGGUGGAAGCUGUGUUGAUAUCAGAGGGCCUGGGCCAUUUCGCUCAGGACCCGUCCUUCAUCGAGGUGACCAAGCAGGAGCUGGCGGACGCGUGUGACAUGACCAUCGAGGAGAUGGAGAACGCAGCCGACAACAUCCUCAACGGCAACAGCCAGCCCAGUCCCAACGGCAACCUUUUACCCUACAUGCACUGCAACAGGGACCAUGCUGCUUCCCAGGAGCCAGGCCUCAGCGAUGGGCCUGGGGCCGGUCGGGGGGCCACGGCCCCUGGGGAGAUUGAGGAGCUACUAGGCGCCACUCACCUAGGGCAGCACGGGGAUCCGGAGGAUGAGGAGGGGUUGGAGGUGGUGGGAGGGGAGGAAGAGCACACCGGGGGUGUGGAGGUGGUGGUUGAGGUUGAGCAGAGGAACAGCGGCCUGUUGGAGGAUGAGGACAUGGAGUGUGUGACCAGUUUGUAGGGUUGGACCCUCACACACACAGCAGCAACAGUGAACCUCUGGACCCCCCUCUAUCUCUCUCUCUCUGUCUGGACCCCCCUCUAUCUCUCUCGGUCUGGA